ACUGGAUACUUCCCAAACAAUUAUGACUGAGGCACAGGUUCUCCAGUGUGGGGAAGACUUGAAAACAUUCUAUAGCACAGAAAUGUGCAAAAUCAAACCUCACCCGCUUGAUUUCAAUAUCAUCGUUGAAUUCGAGCAAAUUUACACGAACUUAACGCUGCUCAGGAAAGAAAUGGGAACAAGGAGAAGCAUAACGGCUCUGGAUUACACUGAUCUUCUUACUACAGAGAUUAAUGGGGUGCUUCCUAAACGUCUUCUGGUUGAAGGUGAAGGUGGUGUUGGUAAAACGACAUUCUGUUCGAAGAUCGCAUGGGAUUGGGUUAAUGGAUCUCCAGAGUUUCAGUGCUUCAGUUGGGUUCUGGUUAUACCCCUGCGCAACGUUGUUAAGGGUCAGACAAUUGGUGAUAUUAUGAAAAACUAUCUCUCUGACAAUAAUGUUGUAAACUCUAAGCAGAUCGAUAAUUACAUAUUGUCUCAACCAACAAAGGUUCUGAUUGUACUUGAUGGACUCGAUGAGUAUGAUGGGGACCUCUCUGCCAAAGAAAGGUCGGAUAUUUCUCAGAUCAUACGAUUCAAGAAAUUCAAGGAAUGCAUAGUUCUGGUGACAACACGACCAUGGAGGGCGAAUAAGAUCAAAUCCAACAAAAGAUUGAGUAAUUCGUAUGCUUUCAUUGCAAUAAAUGGAUUUAGUCCUGAAAAUGUCUCGACAUACAUUAGAAAGUACUUUGUUAAUGAUAAAAACGCAGGAUCAGAACUGAGUCGGUUUAUUGAAGUGAAUGACGUAAUCAAGGAGAACAUGGCACCCUUCCCAAUUUAUGUAGCAAUGCUAUGUAUCUUAUGGGAAAAUUGUGACAGUGAGAAACGAGAAACAAUACGCAAACUGAAGACAUUUUCUCAAUUAUUUGAAAAAAUGAUCAUGUUUCUUGGAGACCAUUAUGUGUCAAAGAAUGCAAAAGUGUUACAUAAAGCCCACCUGGACAACGACAUAGAAAAUAUUAAGCUUUGUUUGCAAAGAAUAGGAUCGAUUGCCUUCUCAGGAGUCCUGAAAAAGAAAUUGGUCUUUAAUGAGGAGGACUUCAGCUCGUGUACGGAAGCCAUGGAGACAUGUUGCAGAAUUGGAGUUCUAAGUCGGGAAAAUCGAAAUGUAUCCUUAUGGGAAAGGACUUCGAAUGCUUCGCAGCCUAUAACCACUAUCGUCCUCUUUCCUCACAAAUUAUUUCAAGAAUAUGUUGCGUCCGUUUAUCUUGCCUCUCUUUAUGACACGAAUCGCGCAGAGUACAGUAGGUCAAUGGGCAAAGUACUGAGUGAUAACGCACGAGAAUUCCGUUACCUCUUGUAUUUCACUGCUGCCAAGAGAAAGGAGGUGGGACUUGAUAUUGUCAAGAAAAUACAACAAACUGACUUCCCAGAUGUACAACAAAGAAGAAUAAACAAGGAUUUUCUAGCAGAUGUCACUUUUGAAGCAUAUAACAAAGACACGGCAAAAGCAGUAGGACAAAGGGUAUUUGCAGAUGAGAGAAAACUGACUAUCGAUAAAGACAUGCCUGCUCACACAAUUUCUGGAUAUUUAUUCAUCAUGGAACAGCAUAAAAUGGAGACGUUGGUGUUCAGAGGCAGAUCAUGUGGCCCAACUGUAUCGCGUGACCUAGCAGAUGUCCUAUGCACAUCAGACUCAUUAUCAAUAUUAGAGUUUUAUUGCACAACAUUGGAUGCUGACUUCUAUCAGUUAAUGCAUACACAAGUUUCUACAAUGGCGGUAAAUAUAUAA